AUGAACUUGAGGUACGUUCCGUUCGUCGUCAUUAUUGCGAACUUCGCAGCAUGUACAUUCGUCCACGCUGUACCUCACGAAGGCACGAACCAUGACCGGAAGCCCGACAACAAUACUGCCCGACUACUCUACCAAUACCCCAUCGGCACCUGGAUUGAAAACAUCGCAAUCCGACCCAACGGCAACCUCCUCCUCACGAUCCUAAGCUCCUCAAGACUCGACCAACUCGACCCCUUCUCCAACGACCCUGUGCCAGAGACCGUCUACAACUUCCCAAACGCCACCAGCGUGACCGGCAUCGCCGAGAUCGACCACGACGUCUUCACAACCGCCGUAGGCAACUUCUCGCUCGCGGGCGGAGGCUCGACGGCGGGGAGCUGGAGUGUUUGGAAGACGGAUUUCUCCAAUGGUUAUGGUCGUGCCGUCGUCGAUAAGAUCGUGGAUCUACCGGACCUCACGUUCCCGAACGGGAUGUGCAACCUCCCAUCGACACGCAGGAAGCCUGAGGAUAUCCUCCUCGGCGACAUCGACACGGGCAGAAUCUGGCGUCUGGAUCCUCGCACGGGGAGCCACGACGCCGUCAUUAAGAAUUCCUUGACGGCGACGGCAGCGAAUCCCAUCUUUGGAAUUGUGGGCGUGAAUGGGAUUCACGUCCGUGACCACGAGCUGUAUUUCACGAACACAGGCCAAGCCCUCUUCGCGAAAAUGCCUAUCCAUGCGGAUGGAACGUCUGCGGGUUCACCGCGAGUUGUGUCGUAUUUCUCCAACUCGACGCAGUAUGCGGAUGAUUUCGCUCUGGGGCACAACGGGGAUGAUGCGUUCCUCGUGACGGGGUCGGGGAAUUCGAUUGAGAGGGUUGGGGUGGAUGGGGUGGACGAGGGGAAGGGGAGGAUUGUGGCGGGAAGUGUGAAUUCGACGAGGAUUGCUGAGCCGACGGCUUGUACCUUUGGGCGUACGGAGGGGGAUCGAGAGGUUUUGUAUGUGGUUACAGCGGGUGGGAUGGCGAGUCCGGUCAAUGGGAAUGAGGUUGUGGGUGGGCAGGUGUUGGCUGUUGAUGUUAGGGGCUGGAAAAGGGAGACGAAAGCGUCUAGAUGA